AACUUCCAAAGUUAUGGUUUGGAUGAAAUUGACCACUUGGGCACACCAUACGACUAUAAAUCUGUGAUGCACUACGAUAGUACAGCAUUUUCGAAGAACGGACAGCCCACGAUAGAACCAAAGGCGUCCGGAACGAAGUUGGGACAGCGAGAGGGCUUCUCGCAAAAUGACAUCAAAAAGAUUAAUAUUUUGUACGAAUGUGAUGGAAAUACUGGAGGAGGAGGAGGUGACGGAUCAGCACCUGGACCCGCACCUGGACCAGCACCUCAAGACUGUGAGGACGAAGUGAUCAAUUGCGGUGAGUUUAAGGAAUACUGCGAUGAUGAGUACAGUGAGGACCUCAGGGAAUGUCUUCUUGAGAACCUGUGUAUGACAGCAUACAAGCUGGGUCCCUUGGGCGUCGAGGACAGUUAA